AUGGCUCCCUCACAACAAGCAGCAUGGCGCAAUGCGCCGGAUGCAGAGGAGCUAGAGCGUCGAAGGACUGUCAAUAUUAACAAGGAGACUGUUACCGAUAUUAGCUCAAUCGAGUAUCCCGGCCACGUUCCCGGUGAAGAUGCCGCCUUUUCCAUCGAGCGCUUCCGGGAGGGCUUCUCCGUCAACUUCCACCGGAAUGAUCAAUUCGAUGCCUCCUUCUCACUCAUCGGAAUUGACGCGUCGCUGGCCAAUGCCUUUCGCCGCAUCCUCAUCGCCGAGAUCCCCACGCUAGCCAUCGAGUACGUCUUCAUCGAGAACAACACGUCGGUGAUCCAGGACGAGGUGCUGUCGCACCGCCUGGGCCUGAUCCCGUUCAAGGGCGGCCGCGCGGGCCUGCAGGACUUUCUCAAGUGGCGCAAGAAGCCCGCUGACGCGGCCGACGACGACUUCGGCGCCGGUUGCUUCGACUACAACACGGUGCGCCUCGAGCUCAACGUGACGUGCACGCCCAACAAGGACGUCGCGCCCGAGGACGCCGACGACCCUACGCGCGCCUACCACAACGCACACGUCUACGCGCGCGACAUCGUCUUCGUGCCCACCGGCGCGCAGGAGAAGUACUUUUCCGGCGCCGACGCCAUCGCGCCGGUCAACCCGGACAUCCUCAUCGCCAAGAUGCGCCCGACGCAGACGAUCAACCUGUCGAUGCACAUGCACAAGGGCGUCGGCGCCGACCACGCCAAGUUCUCGCCCGUCGCCACUGCGUCGUACCGCCUGCUGCCGACCAUCACCAUCCUGCGACCGAUCGUGGGGCCGGACGCGGAGAAGUUCCAGGGGUGCUUCCCGGCCGGCGUCAUCGGCCUGCGCAAGGUCACCAAGAAGGAGGCGGCGGAGCCAGGGAGCGGCCUCGCGACGGCGGACGUGGGCCAGAUGCGCGCCGUGGUGGAGGACCCGAUGAAGGACACGGUGAGCCGCGAGUGCCUCCGGCACCCGGAGUUCGAGGGAAAGGUCCGCCUGGGCCGUCGCCGCGACCACUUCAUCUUCGCGAUAGAGAGCACCGGUCAGUGGGACAGUGACGAGCUGUUCCUCGAAUCUGUCAAGCACCUCAAGCUUAAGUGCCAGAGGCUGGAGAAGCAGAUCCUCAACAUGACGCGGUGA